AUGUCUGGCCGUGGAAAAGGUGGAAAGGGUCUCGGAAAAGGUGGUGCUAAGCGUCACCGUAAGAUCCUUCGCGACAACAUUCAGGGUAUCACUAAACCCGCUAUUCGUCGAUUGGCCCGUCGUGGUGGUGUAAAGCGUAUCUCCGGUCUCAUUUAUGAAGAGACCCGUGGUGUUCUCAAGAUCUUCCUCGAAAAUGUCAUCCGUGAUUCAGUAACAUAUACUGAACACGCCAAGCGGAAAACUGUCACCGCUCUUGAUGUAGUUUAUGCUCUAAAGCGAUCAGGGAGGACCCUAUAUGGUUUCGGUGCAUAG